ACUAAUCAAAACAAGCCGCGGUAAAAUGACUGAUUUGCCUCGGUCUAUAAAGUUCACAAACAUAAGCACCAGCUAUGCGUUUAUUUGUAGGACCUUAGAGAAGCAAUGCGGAAUUCAACAGCAGAGCGCGACCCACGAGUUUCAGUUUGUGGAGCUACUAAAAAUCUUAAACGCCCAAGAAAAGUUCCUAAUCUCCAGGUUCUUCAGCCAGCUGCCCACAAAUGUUGGAAGUUACCGGGUUCUCUUGCAGCUCCAGAAACUCCAAAUACUCACGGCUUCGGAGUAUAUCCUAAGAAAGGAACACUCGGAUCAACUGCUGGUGGACUUGGUUAUCUUUCUGGAAUCUGAGCUCGAGCUUCUGGAGGAUCUCUUUCUAACCGCGGCUUAUAAUUCGAAUAGAAGAAUGAAGUUGACAGCUAUCCUGGAAAGCGCAUUGGGUCACCUAUAUGCUGGAUUAGUAAGCAAUCCCAAAAUAAGCGAAUUGGCCUAUGUGGACUUCUUGCCAAAAUCCUUGCCAGAUGAUGCCUUGUCUGUCUGCAUGAAUAUGCAUUUAAAUACCGUAUUGCAACUUCAUCAAGUUGACGAAAUCAACGAAGGGUUUGCCAAUUUUAGUGCCUGGAUUAAUGAAGGUGUAGAUGAACUUACCUUUGUAAAGCAUCUAUCUGAGAAGCUUUUGGCCAGCCAUCAACAGGAAGCCCUACAGUUCAUCUUUAAGUAUUCUAACCAGGAAAACUUUGUGGAUUGGAAGUUUUACCUUAUUUUGGUUCAGUCCAUAGCUAGUAUUGCCAAGACGGAAACCCAAGCCUAUAUUAAAAAGUAUCUUAAAAGCCGAGUGCUGCACACUGCCAACACAGGCUGCUUGAAAUCAUUACUGCACUUGUUGCUAACAGCAAGAGCUGCUUCAGCAUCAACCAUGGACAUCCAGAGCAAUUUGGACAACUAUGCUAAAUGGUAUAAGCAAAAUAUCGGUGAAAUGACUUACCUCAUGGCCACAGAAAAGUUUCACUUAAUGCUGGGCCUUCUGGAGCAGUCUCUGUUUUAUGAGAAGGAGCUAGCAUACCUCGAGGUUCAUGCGUCCAUAGCUAUUUCUCCUGGAGGGCGGCUGGUUCAGGCUUUUAAAACCAAGUGUCGGUCGCAGGUCUCGUAUCUAAAAGCAGAAGCUAAGCGUCAAUCUGCAAAAUAGUAUAUCGUUAUGGGAAUCUCAAUAA